GCCCCCGACCCAAAGGAUCCCUCCAUCAGGUAUAUUCCCAUCCCAGGUCGCAGAUAUCACAUGCGUCUAUGGACCGGUUGGAUGGUCUGCUGGCAAUUUCUCGACAACAAGACGAAGCAGCCUAAGCACAGGCCCGACAAGCUCAAGAUCUACGACGUGUCCGACUCCUGGUACCCACAGCGCCUCGUCUCGCUCGAGGAAGGCCAGCACUACGACAAGACGGCCAGCAAGAAGAAGCCAUACUCCUGCGACACCUUUGCUGCUCCAGAUGGCUCCAUCGUCGACUUCGUGCAGAAGGGCGAGCCCUUCACGCGCAUCCAGCUGCCGAAUCGCCCGAAAGCCGGCCCUCCGAAGAUCGAGACAUACAUCGAGCACAAGGUGUUACCUGUCGACCCCAAUCAGCGAUACAAAGUGUUUGAUGACGAGGGCGAGGAUGAAGGCCUUGUGGUCAUCAGCGACAACGGCGAAGAGGAUGAAGUGCUGCAAGAUUCCAACAGUGAUGCCGAUUGA